UUGCUUUCUUUACUCUGCCCCCAAAAAAAUUUGAUUUCAAUUUUCUUAGACUAGGGUUUAUGCUUUCUAGGGUUUUAAGAAUAAUCUGGUGAAGUAGAAUUGAAAGAGAAAGGGGGAAAACAGGAAUGAACAAAAUGCAGCAGCAGCAGCAGACGCCGAUGAAUUCAGCUCCUUCGACGCCUCUCAAUCUCGUCUCCACCGAGCAGAUUCAGAAGUGUUUGGAUGAGAACAUGAACUUGAUCAUGGCGAUAUUGGAAAGCCAGAAAAUGGGGAAAGUGGCGGAAUGUGCACAGUACCAAGCCAUCCUUCAGAAAAAUUUAAUGUAUUUAGCUGCAGUUGCGGAUGCUCAGCCUCAAGGAUCCACAACCACCCCUUCACAGGUUCCGACUAGUACAUUUCCUCAACAAGCAGAUCCCCGUUUGAUGCAAACUCCUAGUUCAGCAGUGCAGCAGCAGCAGCAACAGCAGCAGCAACAACAGCAGCAGCAGCAGCAGCAGCAGCAGCAGCAGCAGCAACAGCAGCAGCAAAGCAAGUUGCCUUUCCAGCUGAAUCCGCUGCGAUCACAAGAGCAGCAGCAGAAUCAAAUGCUCCAGUUUCAGCAGCAACACCAAUUGCAAGGGCAUUUUGGUCAUGCCCCUAAUAGCGGUUUGCAUUUACUUAUGCAGCAACCUGGACUUUCCAAUUCGCCAAAUUUAAUGGACUUCAGAGGCAGCCAAUCGGACGAUAGGCAAGGAAACUCGUCCGCCUUGGGGCCUAUGGAUAGCAGAGAGUAAUAUUGCCACACACUUUGAACGACUUGUGUUUCUUAAACGUGAAUUGGAACAAUUAAAGAUUUGUCUUAUUUUGCCCUUUUUGGAAUGUUAGUUCCCUAGACUUAAUUGUUGAUUGUCGUCUUUAACUGCUAGCAUUGCGGUAUUUAUGGAGAUGAUUAGUGUGCUUCUUUUAUUGCCAAAGUUGUGCAUGUAUCUUG